UCAUUCAAACCCCUCCGCAGAUUCUACACUCACGUACUUGUUCAGUCUUUCGAUGACCGACAAACCGAGACCAACCCAUUUUUGCUCGCUUUCUUCUCUGUUGUUUGAUACACUGCAUUUGUAGUGAGGAUCUGUAGAAUUUACUUCUUAGUCUGCUCGUUCUCUUGAGAUUUCAAGAAAAAAAGAAGAAGAAAGCUUAAGUUGCUAUCAAUUUUGGGUUUUAACUCGUAUGAGUAUUUAGGAUUCUUGAGAUUGUAAACGUUGAAUCACAUUGCAACAGUUCCCACCUUCAGCUCAAAGUGUUAGUGCCACAAUGGUUCUUGGUCUGAAUGUGAAAAACAAGAAAGGUUCCUUUGUUCAGGUUGACUAUCUUAUCCACAUUCAGGAGAUAAAACCUUGGCCCCCAUCACAAUCCCUGAGAUCGCUUCGCAAUGUCCUCAUUCAGUGGGAAAAUGGUGACCGCAAUACAGGGUCUACUAACACUGUUGUACCAUCACUUGGGUCUGUUGUUGGUGAAGGAAAAAUUGAGUUUAAUCAGUCUUUUAGGCUACCCGUGACUCUUCUGAGGGAAAUGCCAAUCAGAGGUAGGGAUAGUGAGACAUUCCAGAAGAACUGUUUAGAAUUCCAUUUGUAUGAGCCUCGGAGGGAUAAGAAUAUGUUGUUGGCAACUUCUGUUAUAGACUUGGCAGAAUAUGGCGUUGUUAAAGAGACCUUAAGCUUAAGUGCGCCAAUGAACAGCAAGAGGAGCUUUAAGAACACGUCUGAACCGGUCUUGUACAUAAAAAUCAAUCCCGUUGAAAAGGGUUCCACGAGCUCUUCUUUAAGAGACAGCUUGAAAAAGGAAGCCUUGCUGGACAAAAAUGGUCUUGAAUCUGUCUCUGCCAUGAUGAAUGAGGAAUACACUAAGGAAGCUGGAAAUGCCUCUUUCCAAGAUGAUGAUAUUUCCUCACACACUUCUCAGGCAGCUUCUUCUGCUUUCCAGUCUAAUGGGGAAUUACCACUUCAAAGUAAAGAGAAUGGAUUAAACAAACUGAAAGAGAGCAACAGAGUGGCUAGCAUACAACAUUCCUUGGCUUCAAAGGUGGGCUCUGUAAAUUCACAUAUGAUGUUGCGGAAUGCAUCACAUGAAAACCUGGAGAGGAAAUCAUAUUCAGCUACUUCUGUAGACUUGUUUUCUGAUCUUGGCAGUGCAGAAAAUCAUCAUGUGUCUAUGGCAAGCUCUCCUAAUUCUUCUCCAAUAUCAAUCCUGGAAAAUGGCAUUGGCCAUGGUCUUCAUUCAUCUUCAUCAUCUUUCACUUAUGAGAACAAAGAGGACGAGAGUAUUGCCAUCCUGGAAAAGAACAAUAAUGGAGAAUUUAGUCAGGAGCGUGAUGCUCACCAGAGCUGUAAUAACUCAUCUUUUUAUUCUCCAGUGGCAGUGCAGUCCUUACAUGACAGUUCUGAGGUGGUUGAGGAGAUGGCAUCUGGAACAGGUUCCCCAGAGGAUGCAACAGCUCCUGAUCAUAUGAAUAAUGAUUUCGUGGAGGAUAUAGAUGAAAUCAAACAACAAGAUGGACAUGAGAAACAAAAUUUUGAAAUGAGCAAGCAUGCUUUGCAAGAUACAUCAUUAAAUAUAUCAUCAGAAGAGGCUAUCAGAAAUCAAACUUCACUGGGAAAUGAUGCACUUCCUUUCACCAGUGAAAAUAUCCUUAAAACAGAGAGGUUAAAGCAUGGGAAGUCUGUUCGGUCGCUAUCAGAUGUGGCCAGGAGCUGUGAUGGUAAUCAGCAAAGUGGAGGGAAGCACGUCAACAAUUCUGGAUACUUGCACAAUGGUGCAGGAAGCCUCAGAAGCAAUGACGUAAAAGAUGCUAAGAUUUAUCCAAAGCUUACUGCCGUCUCCAAUUUAGACAGCAAUGUCCAGCAUCUGGAGCAUAAAAUAAAGAUGCUCGAGGGAGAGUUAAGAGAAGCUGCUGCGAUUGAGGCCGCUCUUUACUCGGUGGUUGCCGAGCAUGGAAGUUCAAUGAGUAAGGUCCAUGCUCCAGCACGACGCCUUUCUAGGCUGUAUCUUCAUGCUUGCAGGGAAAGCUCCCAAUUAAGAAGAGCUAGUUCAGCUAGAAGUGCUGUUUCAGGGUUAGUUCUGGUUGCAAAAGCAUGCGGAAAUGACGUCCCCAGGUUGACUUUUUGGUUAUCAAAUUCUGUUGCCUUGAGAGCAAUAUUAAGCCGAGAAGUCAAGGAUGCGGAGCUUCCAUCUUCUGCUGGCUCACAUGCAGCAAAGAAUGGUCCUGGAGAGGGAAACAAAGCAUCAUCAUCCCCUUUAAAAUGGAAGAAGUCUUCUCCCAGUGUAAAGGAUAGCUCAGGUUUUUUGUAUGGAAGUGUUAGCAACUGGGAGGAUCCACAGACAUUUAUGUCUGCAUUGGAAAAAGUUGAAGCUUGGAUCUUCUCCCGAGCUGUUGAGUCUAUCUGGUGGCAGACCCUGACUCCACACAUGCAUUCUGCUACCACAAAGUCAUUUGAUGAAGGUCUUGGUUAUGGCUCAAGGAAUAUAUGUGGAAGGACACCUGAUUCAUGUGAUCAAGAACAGGAGAACUUCUCAUUAGACCAUUGGAAGAAUGCUUUCAAGGACGCCAGUGAAAGACUUUGUCCUGUUCGAGCUGGAGGGCAUGAGUGUGGCUGCUUGCCUGUGCUGGCUAGAAUGGUAAUGGAGCAGUGCAUUGCGAGAUUAGAUGUGGCCAUGUUCAAUGCCAUUCUUCGUGAAUCUGCUGAUGAGAUACCAACUGAUCCUGUGUCUGACCCCAUAAGCAACUCCAAGGUUCUGCCUAUUCAAGCUGGGAAAACAAGCUUUGGAUCCGGUGCACAACUAAAAAAUGCGGUUGGAACUUGGUCUAGAUGGCUGACUGACCUUUUUGGUAUGGAUGAUGAGGAAUCACUUGACAAUGAGCAUGAUGUUACUGAGAAUGAAGAAGUGAGGCAAGAUACAUCCUUCAAGUCAUUCCAUCUCCUCAAUGCACUAAGCGAUCUCAUGAUGCUUCCUAAGGACAUGCUCCUAAGCAGAUCCGUCAGAAAAGAGGUUUGCCCAACAUUUGGUACACCAUUGAUCAAGAUGGUUCUUGACAACUUUGUCCCAGACGAAUUUUGCCCAGACCCGAUUCCAGAUGAUGUGUUUGAAGCUAUAAACUCUGAGGAGACUUUGGAGGCUGAGGACUCUGUCACAAAUUUCCCACUCAGUGCUGCAGCUCCAGUCUAUUCAUCACCUUCAGCUACUUCCAUUUCUGUUCUUAUUGGAGAGGAAGGAAGUCGGUGCAAACUGAGGAGAAGCGGGUCUUCGGUGGUUAGAAAAUCAUACACAAGUGACGAUGAGCUUGAUGAGCUGAAUUCGCCAUUGGAGUCACUCUUCAUUAAUGCCUCGGAGCCUUUACUUUUACCAGUAAAGCCAAAGAGAGAAGGAAAUGCUAUCCGAUAUGAACUCCUCCGGGACAUAUGGACCAGCAGCGAGUAAUGGUUCGAGUUAGUUACCAAUAUAUGUAAAGAAUCAGUGCUUCUUCUUAUUUUCCUAUUGAGCUGUAAAUAUGUAGUCAAGUUUUAGUCUUAAGGUUUGUCCAUGUGAUGAUGUACGGAAUUACUUUGUCAAAUACAUGGUAUGGUAUGGUGAACCAAGGUGUUAGAGCACCCACA